AUGCCUCUGAUCACCUUAACCCCCGACGAGGUCGAUGACCUGAUCUACUCCGUGCGCGCCGGAGACUCAGCCGCUCUGGAAGAGGACCUCAACACUCUAUCCCAGAAGUACUCCGCGCCGCACUCCGUGAUCAUCGCGUCUGCCAUCGACUCCGCGCCUGAAGAGGAGGGCGGCAGCGGGUGCUGUCUCUUGCACUACCCUGCAGCGAACGGGAAUCUCGAAAUCCUCUCAAACCUCACAACCGUCCUCUCAACAGGCCCAACAGAGAACAAGCUCACGGAAGCCGAGCUCAAAGCAGUCGUAAACCACCGCAACCACUCGGGCAACACGCCGCUGCACUGGGCAACGCUAAACACGCACCUAGAAUGCGUGAAGGUGCUCGUUGGCGCUGGUGCCGACAUGUCCAUCAAGAACGAGGCCGGCCUGGACGCCGUGUUCUUGGCCGAACGGGCGGACUGGAAGGCGCAGGAGGCGACGCAGACGCCGAACCCUAAUGAGACUAAGGAUGAGGAUGGUGAUGAGGAGAUGGAGGUUGAGGUUGGGGGUGAGGGGGAUGCGCCGCAGGUUCCGCUUACGAAGGGGAGGCAGGUUGUUGAGUGGUUGUUGGAGCAUGGGGAGCCUCAGGGUGCGGAAGCUGGGGGCAGCAGUGAGCAGUCUUGA